AUUCACAACGAGACAGAUCCUCGGUAAAAUCCAUCCGGGAUCAGUCUCCACGUUCGGCUCCCACCGGUGAAAGGGACUCACGGUGAACGUCAAUAAACCUCUUUUUUAACCUGUGUAUUUCUAUCAUAAAAAAACGGUAUUUAAUUUUACAACCGGUGAAAUUUACUCCAUUUUCCGUCGAAUUCAAUGAAUUAAAUUCGGUUUUUGCGGGGAAGCGUGAUGGCUACCCAUUUAUUGUCGGUUGGUUUUUGCGCCAUUCUUCUGCUUUUUGCGCCCACUUGUCGUGCAGGAGGAAAAUUUUCCACUGAUGUGAAAACUGAGCUCAAAAAGCCAUUAUCGGCAGUAUGUGAGGAAAAUGAGACGUGCGUCCCGUUUUCGGAUUGUACGGCGCUUUUACGAGAGGGCGCAGAGCCUUGUCGAAUUUCCGGUUCCGGCAGUGAUAAUUUUGGCUACUGUUGCCCCACAAGGCUAGCUACCCGGUCUGUGGCCAAACGAGCCAUCCUCCAGGAUGAUUUCGAGCACGUGUCGAGCAAUGCGCUGCUAGAAGGGCGCCGUCAAUUUGCCGAGAAAUGGCAGAACGUCAUCGAGCAUGGGAAAUCCAUGACGUCCAGUUCAAAAACUCGGCCGGACUUCCAUCAGCUCCUACAGCCCUCGGAAGCCGAUAUGGUUCAGGAAGCUCUGGCACAUCACCAUGACAUUGACCUUGACCGGGUUCCGUACGAAGCCGUCUACGCCAGCAAAGCCUUUGCCGAUGCGCUCAACUGGACCGUGGAGGAAAGGCAACACACGGAAACUUUUGCUAACCUUCCCCGGAACCGAUCCAGGCGCUGUUUACCCCCGGCCGAUUCCUGCAAUCCUCAGGCCCGCUUCCGAAGCUUCGAUGGAAGCUGCAACAACCCACACCCGGACCGAACCCGGUGGGGCGCGGCGGGACAUCCCUUCGAGAAACUUCUGCCCCCGGCCUACGAGGAUGGUGUUUGGGCACCCCGCAUUCAUUCCGUUACCGGAAGAAAAUUAGCAAGUGCCCGGACUAUUUCGGCCCACCUGUUGCAUGACCUGGAUCGGCCGCACCACCACCUGAACCUAUUGCUGAUGCAGUUCGGCCAGUUUAUUGCCCAUGAUUUCACCCGCAGUUCCAGCAUCAAAAUUGGUGACGAAGCGAUCGAGUGCUGUUCGGCGGACAGUUCCCGAACCUUGCGAGGGCACGAGUCCCACUUCGCCUGUCUCCCGAUCGAGGUUAGCCCGCACGAUCCGUUCUACUCGAAGUUUGGCGUUCGGUGUUUGAACUUCGUGCGGCUCUCGCUGGCUGCCGAAGGUCAUUGCCGACUGGGCUACGCCAAACAGCUGAGCAAGGUCACCCACUUCAUCGACGGGUCAACGGUGUACGGAUCCGAGGAGCGGCACGCGGCCUCGUUGCGGUCCUUCCAUCGGGGUCAGCUGAAGGAUUCGUUUCCGGUGGGAAUCGAACUGUUGCCCCCGAAUCGGGAUCCCUCGGUUUGCGAACCAUGGGCGAAGGUUUGUUUCGAGGCCGGGGACGAUCGGGUGAAUCAGAUCGUUUCGCUCGUUCAGGUCCACGUUUUGUUUUUGAGAGAGCACAACCGAUUGGCCAAGGUUCUGAGUCAUGUGAAUCCACACUGGGACGACGAGCGGCUGUACCAGGAGGCUAGGAAGAUUGUGAUUGCCGAAAUUCAACACAUCUUGUAUCACGAAUAUCUGCCGCUGGUCAUUGGAUGGGAAAAGGUCAAACAGUACGGGCUGUUGGACGACGAUUAUGGCCACACGCAACAUUACAGCCAUAAAGUAAAACCAGUCGUACUGGCUGAAGUCUCGGGAGCGGCAUUCCGAUUUGGGCAUUCCACUGUCGAGGGACAUUUUCGAAUCCACCAUCGGCACCAGCACACCGAAACGGUUCCCAUUCACAAGGUAUUCGAUGACCCAUCGCGGGUACUGCAUCCGACAAGUUUCGACGAUUACAUCUACUCGUUGGGUAAACAAUCGCAGCAGGAGGUGGACCCCUCGGUUACCCUUGGCUUGACCGGGUUCCUAUUUGCCGGUCGGUCUCCAUUCGGCACCGAUCUGGCCUCGUUGAACAUCCAACGAGGUCGUGAUCAUGCCCUGAGACCCUAUAACGACUACCGAUCCUGGCUGGGAUUGCACCGGAUUCACAGCUUCCACCAGUUUGGACCUAGCGGUGCCAAAUUGGCCCAGGUUUACGAAAGUCCGGACGAUGUGGACCUCUGGAUCGGUGGGCUGCUGGAGCCGGUCCACAGCGAUGGUAUUGUGGGCGAGACUUUCGGGCACCUGAUCGGGGAACAGUUUGCCCGGCUGAAGUUCGGCGAUCGCUACUUCUACACCGAGGGCCCUAAAACCAAUCCGGGCGCCUUCACCGCCGGGCAGCUGGACCAGAUCCGGAAGGUAUCGCUGGCCAGCAUUAUCUGCGCCAACGUUGACAAACGAUACGAUUUCUAUCAGGCUCCUAAUGCGUUCCUGAAAUCGAGCCAUACGAAUGAGCCGAUUCCUUGCCCGCACCAUAGGGAUAUCGAUUUCGGGCACUGGAGACACCAACACUAAAUUAGGGAAGGAUAUGGCGUAUGGUUCCGUAUCCUAGGGAGAAAAAUAUUCAUGAUCUGCUUCUCUGUUUUAUAUGUUUCUAUAUAUAAAUCUUUGUGAUUAAGUGUUUUUUUUCGUUUGUGAUGAAUAAAUGUUGUAACAUAAA